AUGUCUAAUUCGAAGAUGAAUUGGCCACUGAUGCUGACUUGUUUUUUGCUGCCACAGUCGUGCAUUCUCGGUGCUUCGCGUGGCUGCACGUUCCCGGAGGAAUGGUACGGUCGGUGGUUCCAGUCGGGGAUUACGGACUUGGUGACCGUCAACGGUUCUGAAAUCACCAGCAAGGGCUUCUGCAUCGAGAAAAACGGCGACAAGUUUCUCGUUCACGACACGAAGUACAGAUGUUACCGGUGUAUUGUGAUGCAUGCGCAACAUGCCAACGUUCUGCAAUACAAAGAAACUUAUUGCACGAGCGAUUCACCGGAACCAAGUCUGCUGACCCAAUGCGGCACGUUGACCAGCGACGCCACUCUGGUCUCUCUGUUUCGCUCCAAUGCAGCGCCGCUGCCCUGUCCCAUUAAGGGUCCCCUGGAGUUCACAUACAGCCAGGGCGAGGGCGAGUGCAAUUCGCCGCGGUCACGGGCGGAAGCGUGCACGCAGGACUCACGUCUGCUCCUGCGUUACCAAGCGUGCGCCAACGUUCACUCGUCCGAAAGUGUGGACGUAGAAUUGGAGUGUCUGGCUCAUUGGAGGGAGGGCAGCACAAAUUACAUGGUCGCGCGCUUGCACAGUGAUCGUAACGAUCGUAAAACAAGCGACGAAGAGAGCUACAGAUGUUUUAUUUACACAAAUCCAUCGAACAAUACGUGGAACCUCGCGCAGAGCUCGGAUGCCGCCUGCAACGGAUUGAUCAGCGUCACCGAGGCCGCCAGAACGUUCAAGAUGACACAGAAAAAGCCACCGCAGCGUUGCGCGUAUCCGUCCUGGGUGGUGGCCGGUAAAUCGUGGGUGGCUUUGGAUCGAAUGGCUUCCCGACUCCUGGCGUCGCCUUACAACCUCACGAUCCUCGACCGAAACGAGACCCGCCUUAUUUGCCAUUCGGUUGUUACCAUUGAUGAUCAUCGCUAUCACCAUUCGAUGCCAAUCGAUAGAGAGAAUCAGAAGCAAUUCGUCGCAAAGGCAACGCGGGAUUGCAAGAACGGAUACGUAUGCGUCAUGUUCCACAGAAGGGACGAACACGUAAUAGAGAUGCAACUGUCGGAAUGGGGCCAGCAGCCCGACGACAUAUGCAACUCGAGCACGUUCAACUCGCACACGAUGCCGUACACGACGUUCAUCAGUAAGUAA